UACUCACCCUCUUCCUCAGCCGCUUCCUCCUUUGCUUCCUCUCUUUCUCUCUCUAAAAUUAGUAAACAUCAGACCCUCAGUCUUUCUCUCUCUAAAAAACACUCUAAAUAAGAAACCCUCUCUCUUUCCAUCUCUUUACAACACGACACCUGCGCGUGUUUCUGAAAAAUUGGGGCGAACACCGACUCCCUUCCCACUUUCUCUCUCUAAAUCACGGAGUUUAUCUCUCUAAAUCACGGGGAGCGCCCAUUAAUGGUUGAGGAGGGGAGAUGGGAGAACUUAGAGAGAGGAAUUCUGGUGGAGAUAUUUCAGAGGUUGAGCGAGAAGGAUCGACUGGUUGGGUUUCCUCUGGUUUGCACCUCAUGGCGGGAGGCGUCGAACGACCCUAAUUGCUGGAAGUAUUUGGACUUGGAUCGGUGGUGUGAGAUUCAGAGGCAGGAGUGGCCCGCUUUGCUCUGCACUUCUCCUCAGAACGAUUAUCACAGGUUUUUGGAGUUUGUGGUUGGGAUCAAAGGGGGAAUCGUGCAAUCUAUUGUGUUUCCGGGGUGGGAGACCAGGGAACGUGAUGUUCUGUACGUUGCUGACAGAUGUCCAAGCUUGAAGUCUGUGGCCUUCCUCGACUGCAACCGCUUACUUAGCUCCAAUGGCAAGUGCCAUUCCCUCCAAAGGGCUAUUCGCCAGUGGCCGGGCCUCCAAGCAAUUCACGUCAGCGGUGACCUUCUUUGCAGUAUGUGGCCGGAGGUGGAGAAACAUUGCAACAACCUACGCGAGGUGAAGCUUGGGGGUUAUAUUCUUUGUGAGAAGCAAGCAACAUGUAUAGCAACACACAUAAGGCACAUUAAGGUCUUGGUGCUUGAAUUUCCUUUUAUCCCAAAACAAGACAUUAUCCCCUUCUUAAUGUGUUGCAGGGAGCUAGAGCGCUUUGUUGUGAAGUGCAGAGUGAAGAUUGAAAUGGAUGAUGAGAUUAGGCUCUGGGCCUCUCAUAUCGUGCAUUUUAGAGUGGAAUACGUGGACCAAAAUCAAUACGUCGAAGAGGCUUUGGUUGGAGAAUGUGCAUCCACAGCUGAGUCAGGUGUCUCGACUGUCCCUGGUGGAGCUGAGCUACUUCAUCGGCCUCCUGCUUUCCAAAAUCAAGAAGGUCUUAGCCUUAGUCAGCAAACAUUUUAGUUAUUGAAACAAUUUGAUCCAUUGCAUUAUUGUCAUUUGAUCUCAUUGAAUGGUUGGUGAUAGAGAGAGACUCUCUUUUGUAUGGGGCUCGGCACUUGAGGUCAUCUCCUCCUUUUGUGAGGCUCUAGGGAGGCUAGUAUUGAAGGGUGGAGAUUGGAAGGGAAAUGUGGCUUACCGCAUUAAGCCGUAGUCCAACAUUGGUUGUACAGUUGAAACUAACAGGGAGAAAAACUACUACAUCCUUUCUUUUUAGUUUUAUUUAGGUAGAUAUAAUGUAUUUACGUAGAUAUAAUGUAUAGCAGGUUUCUUAGUGAAUAUAUCUAUGGCACAAGAUUUUAAAAUAACAAGCAACAUUUAUACCACUGAUACUGCAACUUCGGGCUUUCUGAUGAGUAAUUAGCAUAGCAUAAGAACCUAGGAACCAGUUAGAUUUCCUCGCCUAUCCUCUUCUCUUUUAGUGUUUUAGAUUUUAUUGUUUAGAGGGGUUCCCAUAUGCCAGUUUUUUGAUUGAUGUAAUCCAGAAAAUUUUGGAGGGGUGUAUAGUGAGAAAAAGGACAAGGGUGAUGAUAUAGAGAUGCAUAGAUCAAUAAAUAAAAGCUUAUAUUCAUUUUAUAUUUUUGGAUCUUGUAUUCUCCUGCUCAUGCAGAAGUUUUCUGUGACUCUGAGGUUUUAAUCAUGAGAGGGAAGCUCCAUUUUAGUUAUGUUUAACCAAGAUUUUUGAUAUCCAAGAAGUAAUCCUUUCUGAGAAUUUAUCAAUUCCUUUUGAACAUUUAUUUCAUUUUCUUGUUUGCUGGAUCAUCAAAUUUAGGAAUACAUAAGCUCCUCUGAUGUGACUUUAAUUUAUGAUAGUCCCAAAAACUUAUCAUUGAUUUGAUGUUUUUCAUUAUCAUCAUUUUUGGGCUUAUAUAUUUUCUUUUCAUUCCCCUUAAUAAUUAGUUUGUCAAUUUUCUUUCUAUUGUGAACCAAAAAGUGGCUUUUCUUAUGAGAAUUAACGGGUUUUCCUUUCAUUCCCCUUAAUAAUUACUUCGUCAAUUCUUCUUUCUAGCAUGAAUCAAACCAAGAGUGGCUUUUCUUAUGAGAAUUAACAGGUUCGUGGAUGUUUAUUACAUAAUUGAGCUUGGUCCCCAAAGUCCUCAAAGUUCGAAUUUGCAGGUUAACAUAAAACCUCAGAUCAUUAUGGUUUUGUUUAUUUUAAUUAAUAGAUAUUCAGUAGUGGAGUUUUAAACGCUUGAAUAUGCUCUAGGCUUCAAUUAGUUACUCCAAGUUGGGAAUUUUUUUAAAAAAAAAUAGGCCACCUCUGAACCUCAACGGUUAUUUAUGCAGUUUAUUGAAGAAUCUGAGCUCAAUGCUCCUUCACUUCAAGAUUACAAGAAUAGCAUGAUAUUAUCCUCAUUUCUCUAAGUUUUUAAGAAUUUGGCUUAGAAGUUCUCAGAUUCAUGUCUAAGGUAGACUUCUGCCAAGUUCCUUGUCAUUAAUGCUCUGUUGGCUAAGGUAGACUUGUGCCAAGUUCCUUUUCAUUCAUGCUCUGUUGGCUAAGGUAGACUACUGCCAAAUGCCUUUUCACUCAUGCUCUGUUGCUUGUUAUUGUUCUCUGCCCUCAAUUUCCACAAUUUCAUAUCAUGAACUCUAUCAUAAUAUUCUCUAAUGGAAGAUCAGAUGUGUAAAGAAUCCACUUUUGAAUGGUUUUUCAUAGGCACAGCCUGGGCAAAGUGUUGAAAUCUCUAGGAUAAUCCAAUGGCUUUUUUUUGUGUGGCUUUCCUUUUGAAACCAUGACCCUGUUUGUAUCUGGCUUGUAUGGCUUUCCAGUUGAAACUAUGACCCUGUUUGUAUCUGGAUUGGAACAGUGGUUGUGAUGAAGCUGGUUAAUUACUUGAUCAGAAAAUCACUGUGGAAGUGUCACUUGUGGGGUCAGAAAAUCACUGUAGAAGUGUGACUUGUGGGGGCUCAAAGAAUGGCUGGGGGAACCCAUUCAGGGUUAGAGGAGGCCCCUUCCUUGGCCAGAAAACCUGCGGCAGCAUUGGCUUCCCUCCAGACAUGCCUCCAACUGAUGUUGAUAGGGUCAGAAAUAUGGUGGAUUUCGUCAAAUUUCAUCGAAAAUAGGGACCAAAAGCCAAGGGCAGGGCGCAGAACAUGAAGCCCAGGAUAAGGUGUUUUUAGAUCCCCUUCAACUACCAAAACAGUACCCCAGCUGGGGUCGAAUUCCGUCAAACCUGAAAGGAGGGCAAAGGCUUCUGCAAAAGUAGAGUCUUCGUGGCCGAUACGGAUGGAAAAGGAAAGGAGUGUGGAUCCAUUGUGGUCUCAAAAGAGGCCUCCAACUCCAGAGGGCCCCGGGUUGCUGAGAGAGCAGCCAUAAAAAUUAAGUUUAAUACAGCCACUUCAGGAGGACGCCAUAGGGAGGAUCGAGAAAUAGUACUGGGGCGAAAGGAAAGCAGAGACAACCAAUUCUGUAUAUAAACCGAGAGGGGGAUGCCACUAAAAGUCUUGUGAUGAGAUGCCCAAAAGAUCACCAGUUCGAUCACCUUCUGCAAGCAUCGAUGUGCUGAUCUGCUCUCACCCCUAAAGGUCCUAUUGUUUUGCUCGAGCCAAAUGGUCCUGAUAGUGGCAAAAAUGGAGGCCCUCCAAAGGUAAAGGCCAGAAGAAGGUGGGUACAGAUAUGUCCGGAGGAGCUGUGGAAUAGAUUCUGGGGUAACCCAGGUCCACCUGAAAAGUUGAAGCAACUUACUCCACAUUGAACCAGCAAGUCACAGUGGAUGAAGAGAUGGUUGUUUGUCUCCUCUGCCAGCAAAGUCACAGUGGAUGAAGAGAUGGUUAUUUGUCUCCUCUGCCGUGGAGCACAUAGUGCAUCUGUUGGGAAGGGGCAGGCCUCUCCUCUGGAUCUAGAGAGAACCAGGCUUUGGCCACAAUGGACGCGGGAUUAGAGGGGAAGAGGGGGCCGAAGUGAUUUUGCAGCAGAAGUGACCGAGAACUGGCCAGAGGGGGAGGGGGCCCAAAUUAAUUUGUCCUACCCCGAGAGGGGUAAAAAGGCUCGAUCAGGUGUUGCGGACAGAACUGUGAAUUCCUCAAUCUCAAUGUCUGAGAAAGCUCUGUGAAAGGCUAUGAAAUGCUGCCAGAGGUCCUACAAGGGGAAAUACAAAGGUCGGAGCUAUGACAAUAUUUGUGACAAAUAGCCUGUUGCCAAAGGUGUUCAUUGGGUAGCAUAUCUCCACCACCACGCCAAGCAGGUUAAUGGGCCUUAAGUUCCAGAUGGCAAGACCUCCUUGAGCAAUGGGAGAACAGACUUUCUCCCAGGAAAUAAAAUGAAUUACAACCAUAUAGCUUUCAGAAAUUGGCUUUGCCAAAGUCAUGCAACAUUGAAAACAUGCCAUGGUUCUUCUCCAUGUUCAAGGUGUCUAGGCCGAACUUUGAAUUUUAAACAAGAAAUUUUGGAGUUACGUCCAGACCAUUGCCAAAGCUAAACAUAUAAUUCUGAUAUUCAAAUAUUUAUAUAAAACCCAACUAAUUGAUAGAUGAGACCAAAGCUUGAGUUGAGGCUGAGGCUAAACUAGAGUUGCCUCAUCUCCUGAAGGGACGAGAUGUUCUGGAAGGAACAGGUGGUGGAGACUCAAAUGGUAGAGGGAGGUCACCAGUGCAAUCCUUUUUUCUGUAUCAUUAAUGUUUUGAAGAGCUUGGAGUUUGCUUUAGAAGCUAACUGUUAAUGGGGCAUUACUGUCAGAUGAAUAAUAUAGUGGAUGAACUAUGGUUUUCUUGUUUC